CCGAGAGAUGAACGAACGGGGGCCUCGCCAUCACGGUUUUUGAAAUCUCCCACGAAAACAUAGACCAAUUUCCGGAUUUUCGCGGAUCCUCCAGCCAACAUGGAAGAAGCGGAGAAGAACGGAGAGGUAGAGGUGUACCAGACCUUCGAAUUAUCCGACGGAGCUCGCACUGUCACCAUUCUGGCUUCGAAGGAGGAAGAAGAACGGAUAAGCAGAGAUCAGGCCUAUGCUACACAGAGGUUCCUCUCAGCUGUGGGUGAAUACCAUGUUGAAGAAGGAGAAGAGGACUUCAACCACAAUGCUACCUUACUCUUAAUUGAAUGCAUCCGUGAUAGAUUUGACAAGUUCACGUCAUGCAGGCAGGAAAGAAAUCAAGUGUACAGGGAGAUCCAAGAAGAGUUUAGAUCAUAUGGGUAUAACUUAUCAAUUGAAAAGAUACGGAGCAAGUGGAAUAAUCUUGUUACAACAUACAAGAGAAUUAAAGAGAGGCACAAGGCAGGGCUUGCUGGAAAAAGAGUUUGGGACUAUUUCCAGCCCUUAGAUGAGCUCCUCAGCCCCACUUACGAAGCCUCAGGACCAGCUGGACUGUCACUCCUCACCGGAAAGUUGGAAAAGAAUGAGCAACAAUCAUCUGGCUCAAACACUUUCCAAAAAAUCUCUUUAUCUCCAGAACCCUCCUUUUCACCUCCGCUUGCCUGCUCACCUGUGACACACACAACAAUCUCAAUUCCCUCUACAUCUAGUACGCAAGAAUUGAAGAGGAAGCAUUCAGAUUCAAUGCUGGGUCAAGAACAGAUUGCAGACCGAGGGGAAAAGAGACAAGAGAUGAUGGAGCAAUAUUUUCACCAAAUGAAAGAGAAGGACGUUAAAGAAGAUGAAUAUAAGAGAAGAAAAGAGAAGAGGGACAGGAUGAAAGUGAGAGCUUUACAAAAAAUAGGAAAAGAAUUAGAAAUAAUUGCCAAAACACAACUAGAUCUUUUAAAGAAACAAGACCUUAUUCUUGAAGUAUUACAAAAAGGUAGUAAAUGAUGUUUAUUUAUGUAGUAAACAUUUCAUUUAAAAAUAUUUUUUAUAACAUGGAAAUGUUAUACAAAAGUGCCAAAGCCUAUAUAUUGGUUAAUAGUGGAAGUAUUUUGGUGAAAAAUAUAUUCUGAUAUUUUGUAAACAGAUACUGCAGCUACAAGUGUAACCACUCACUGUUAUAAUAAUAAAUACAAUUUAUAAAUAUAAUUCACUUUUAAAAUAUCAAAUACCAUCAACUCCAUUAUUAAUAAUAUAACUCAAUUUGCUUUUAUCAUUAUUAUAACAGAUGAAAUAUAUAUUGACAAGAAAAGUAUCCCAGAAAGCCAGGAAGAUCAUUAUUCUUUUCAGUGAAGUGAAAUUCUUAUAUAUUAUAAUAGCUGCUACAUCUUUGCAAAGUUACAAUAAUGCAGUUAUUUACACCUCUACAUUUUACAGAAGUAAUAAUAAUUUUGUGUUUGAUAUACUACCAUUAUUUUCUGUGCCCAAAAAUAAUUUGACUUUAUGUUGAAUAAAUCUCUAUUGUCUUGACAUAUCAAAGAAUUAUGAUUUCCACUUUUACACAUAAUUCCUAAUGAAACCUUCCUUAACCCAUUCGCCGCGGUUGGCAAGAAUAGAUGCCAUACCCACUUUGAUACACGUUUAUUUAUAUUAUUUACACCUAGGUGGCUCUACAAGUUCUUAAUCACCAAAUAGCCAGUUAUCAAGAACUACCUAUUUCACCUGUUUAGCCUUUUCCUUCACUUUCGGAAAGGUUUUUUUGUAUCAUCUUAUUGUCAAAAAUAUUCUAAUGACAAUUGAAUCAUCAUAACAUCAGUAACAAUAAUAACAGCAUCGAAAGCAAUGAUAUUAAUUUUCCCGCCAAUUCAAUGAAUGGGAAAAUCAGGGUCGGUAACUAGGGCCUACUGAUAGACUCCUUGCCGGCUGAGUACAUGUGGAGCCAUCUGUAGGUAGCAAAAUUCACCAAAACCAACAGGGGACAGAACAUAAAUCCGUGGCGAAUGGGUUAAGAAGAAUCAUUGAUAGAAGAAUGAAAAAUAUGUAAUAAAUACUGACAAAAAUCAUUGUGCAGAAGAGACCCCAUAUAUAUUUUGCACUUAAUUCCAAUAUUGUAUUGAUUGUUCCCUAUAAAAAUGCUUUAGGAUAUAUCUGGAGAUUAAAAAUAUAUAACAUUGAGUUUUUUAUCUCUAACUACUGAAAGAUACAUGUAAGAAUUACUGAGAGAUGACUAUCUGAAAAUCCAGAUAUUGAAUAUAAUGAAAGAAAUAUUUGCUUUUCUUGAGAAAAUAUAAUUGUCAUUACUAAAAAUUUGAUGAAAAAAAUAUUUUGAUCUCUGAGAAGAUAAUAAUGAUUAGCUGACUGGGAAAGUAAGAAAAAAUGAAAGAAAACAAAUGAAAGAAGAAAAAAAAAUGCAUUUUCAUAUUUC